UGAUAUUUUGCCUCAAGGUGUCAAUUGUGAAAACCUCGGGGGAGGUAUGUAAAAAUAACCCAAAGUAAAUCCCUAAAAUUACUUUUCUGAAAAAGCAUCAAAUUGGCAGAGGCAGAUCUGCGUAGGUACUUGGGUCUAUCCUUACAUACAGAGUAACACUCAUUAUUAGUCCUUCCCUCUCAUUGUAUUUCUGUUAACUUUUUUAUUUGUUCCAAAAACUUUGACCUAUACUUGCCUUUAAAGUUUAUAUCUUUAAACUUUUGUACUAUAUAAAAAUUGUAACAACCAUCUAAUAGUGUGUUUUGCUGGACAAUUUUAAAGAGUUUUUAUCAAAAUAAUAUAUCUUUUUUGAACAUCUACACUGCUUAGCAUCUAUGAAAAACUUGUAUACCAAACACCCAACUUUUUAUCAACAACUGCUAUUUUUUCUCUUAAAUCUAUUCGAUCAUUAAAACCAACAGUUACUACAAAUCUCAAACAUGUCCUAACAUGUCCCAACAGUUUCUUUUAAGUAUCUUUUGGGAUACUUGUGCCAAACAUGCCCUAACUCCCUAUGAUAUUCUUAUGGUAUUAUCUUCAUGUUCCUACAUGAAAAGUGGAAACAUGAGUUUUGAAAAGUCGUAUUAUGAGAAGUCCAAACACUAACACUCUCCUUGUAUUUUACGGAGACCAACAUUCUCCUUGUGUUUUAUUAAUUGUUUCAUAAAUAUGUUUUUGGUUGGAUUAAUUUUUUUUGAUCCGUGGUUGUUUAAGUUUUUGGCUUGUAGAUGUAUCUAGUAUUUUAACUUUUGCUAUUGUCUAGAUCUGGUUUGAUUUAGUUUGUUUAAGUGUGGUUCUAUUUGAUCUGUUCAAGUAUAUGAUCUAGGAUUGAAAGAAGCUUCUUUACAAACAUUCUAAGAGCGUUGGCGUCACGCAUGGUGCUAUAAUAGGAUUAGAGAAGCCCAAAGGAAAGCUGGGGGAGCAAAAGGCUCUUCGUAGACUAGCUCAGAACAGAGAAGCUGCUCGUAAAAGUAGAUUGAGGAAGAAAGCAUACGUUCAACAGCUGGAGAAUAGUAGAGUAAGGCUAACACAACUAGAGCAGGAACUUAAGCUUGCCCGCCAACACCAGGGAGCAUAUGCUGCUGCAUCUGGAUUUGUUGGAGAUAAAAGCCAUUCUUCUAUUGGAAAUGGUGCUUUGGCAUUUGACAUGGAAUAUGGUAGCUGGCUUGAUGAGCAUCAACGGCUUGUGAGCGACCUGAGAUCGGCUGUACUCUCUUUCAUGGGAGAUAAUGAAUUGCGUCAUCUUGUUGACGGAGUGAUGUCACAUUACGAUGACCUGUUUAAGAUCAAGCGGAUUGGUGCGAAGGCCGACGUUUUUCACGUGCUAUCGGGAAUGUGGAAGACUCCCGCUGAAAGAUGCUUCAUGUGGUUGGGCGGCUUUCGUUGCUCCGAGAUUCUUAGGAUACUAGUGAGUCAUUUGGAGCCAUUGACAGAGCAACAAUUGGUGGGGAUAUGCAAUUUGCAGCAAUCUUCACAACAAGCUGAGGAAGCACUGUCACAAGGAAUGGAAGCUUUGCAACAACUGCUUGUGGAGACGCUCUCAUCGGCGUCUCUCGGUUCCGGGAAUGUUGGCGAUUUCAUGGACCUUAUGGGGAUUGCUAUGGGGAAGCUAGCCACCAUAGAGAACUUGCUCUAUCAGGCUGAUCUACUGAGGCAGCAAACAUUGCACCGAUUGCACCGAAUCUUGACGACACGUCAAGCAGCUCGCGCCCUUCUGGCGAUGAGCGACUACAUGUCUCGACUCCGUGCUCUCAGCUCUUUAUGGUUAGCUCGGCCUAGAAGCUAGCUGAUCAUGAAACAGCUUUAUUACUAACCACUGUCUCCUAAUGACUCAAACACCACCUUGAGAGUUGUGUAAUUACUAUUUUCAGUAAUCUAACAUAGAUUGAGAUUUUUAGUGGUUGAAUCAUUGAAUGGAAUCUGACCAAGAAACUGGCUGCUAAACAAGGAGUCGUCAAACGUUGUUGUCUCGUAUAUUUAGCUCUCACCAGAUUAUGUCAUUCAUGUUUGAUGAGAUUAAAUUAUGGUAAAAAAGUCAGAUAAUUAUCCUUCAUGUUUCUCGAUCGUUUUUCUGUGGAUGUUGCGCUAAGACUUGUCAUUUUUAAUUUGUUC